GCGUGGCGCGCCCAGCCCGCUCCACGUCGCCGCGCGCUUCCCCUCCUACGUACUCCUCUCCCAUAAAUCGACGCGCGCCUUCAUUUGCUCUCCUCCCGCCGGUCGAGUUCGUCUCUAUCUGUCCAAGCGGCUGGUCGAUCAGCGACCACAGACGACGCACGGGUCUCCAUGGCCAAGUGGAGGUCGUGGAUGCCGGCGACGCCAGCGGGUGGUUCCGGUGGCGGCGCUAACGACGGCGGAGGUGAUGGAGAAGACAAGAAGAAGAGCGGUGAGGUGGCGGAGGCGGUGAUCAGCGUGCCGGUGCACUGCGACGGCUGCGCCCGGAAGCUGCGCCGCUCGGUGCAGCGUCUUGAUGGUGUGGAGGAGGUGACCGUGGAUUGCCGGACCAACACGGUGAUCGUGAGGGGCCCCAAGGCAGCGGUGGACCCGGCUGGGAUUGUGGAGGUCUUGGACAGGAGGACCGGGAAGAAGGCCCUGCUUUUGAGCUCGUUGCCGUCGGCCAACCUGAAGCCACCGCUGUCACCGGAGAAGAGGAGUUCUGAGACGGCGAAGAAAGAUGCUGCAGAGCAGGACAUGGGCAAAGAGAUGUCAGAAGAGGACAUGCUUGUAGUAAAAUUCGGAGAAAUGAUUGAAUGCCAGGAAAUGGUAGUGGUGAUGAGGAUAGACCUGCACUGUGAGGCAUGCUGCGAGGAGAUCAAACGGAGGAUACUCAAGAUUAAAGGAGUGGAGGAAGUUACGCCGCAUAUGAAAUCGUCCCAGGUGAUGGUGAGAGGAAAGGUUGAGCCAGCAACCCUAGUAGGGCUCAUCCACAAGUGGACAGGAAGGAGAGCCGCCAUUUUCAGGGCAGAACCACAGCAUCCGCUGCCCCCACCAUCUGAGUCUCCGCCAAAGGUCGACGAUGACAACGAGCCUCCAAAGGUAGCCGGAAGUACUGAGCCGGCCGAGGAGGAGGAGACAAAGCAAGGAGGAGACCCAUCACCAUCAGACGAUGCGCAGGAGAAGAAGGAAGGGGAGGAAGCAGAUCAGAUGAAGGAUCAGAAAGAAGAGCCGGAAGAGAAGGAGAAGAAGGAAGAACCAGAUGAGAAGAACGAAGGAGGCGAAGCUGAUGACCUGAAGCCCCUAACGGAGGACGACGCAAGCUACAAUGGCGUCGCGGAAGAGAGCCACAGCACGAAGGAUCACCUGUUCAGAGUUGCUCUCCCGAGAUCAGUUGUCGCGGUUGCGCCGCCGGAGAGUGAGAAGAUGGCCAUGAACAGCCUCUGCUACAGCUACUACUACUACCCGGCAUAUCCGUAUCCGUGUCAUCAGUAUUAUCAAUAUCCGCAGCAGAACAUAUACGCCGCUGGUAAUUAUCCUGCAAUGUAUGGGUACUAUCCACAUCAUGUGCCAGAGGACUUCAGUGACGCGAACCCAAAUGUAUGUACCGUCAUGUAGCACAUAAAUGUGGGACUUUUGGUGUGUAAUUAAGCUACAAGGCAUUAAUAUAUAAUUGCAAUAAAUCACGUUUGUCACCGUUAGUGAAA